GGCUGCUGCUGUGAGAUGGUGACUGCAGAGGGAGGGAGCUCAGACCCAGCAGCAAUGGGUCGUGGUCAGCAUUCCUUCCUGGCCCCGUUCCGCCGCACACUGUCCGCCCCGUCUGACGGGCGUCAUUCCUCCAUCCUGCAUGGCAGCGUCAGCUGCUGUGAUCGCGGAGCAUAGAUGACAAGCCUUCAGGAUAAGGACUCUCCCAGUCUGGCCGCUGUCCCCUCCGCCCAGGGCCAAGGCACAGAGAUCACGCCAGAGGAAGAAUGUGAAUUGCAGGAGAAACUCGAUUACUUCCCCGAUGACUUUAACCAGCUGGAUCUACUGGAAACUCACCGGCAUCUCAUUCCAACCGGGACCCAGAGUCUGUGGCUGGGGGAUUCUGAUGAUGAAGAUGAGGAGAAGGGCGAGGAGUGGUACCAAACGCAGGAUGAGAAUCUAAAGGAUAACCCUAAAGAGUUGCUGCUAUUUGCUGCUGAAAAUAACAGACUGGAAACCGUUCAGCGAAUCCUGUCCGUCCAUCCAGAUCUUGUCAACACAACUGAUGAAGACCGUUACACCCCGCUGCACAGAGCCUCAUACAACGGUCACCUGGGCGUGGUGCGGGAGCUGAUUGCACAAGGAGCGGAUGUGCACGCAGUCACUAUAGACGGGUGGUGCCCAUUGCACAGCGCCUGCAAGUGGAAUAACACUUCCGUUGCUUCCUUCCUGCUGCAGCACGGCGCUGACAUCAACGCGCAGACUAAGGGUUUACUGACCCCACUACACCUGGCUGCUGCCAACAGGGGCAGCCAGCAAAUCUUGGAGCUUCUUCUCAUGAACCGCUACAUCAAACCUCAUCUGACAAAUACGUUGGGAGAGACGGCUUAUGAAAUUGCCCAGCGAACCGACGUGUAUUACUACCUCUUUGAAAUUGCUGAUUAUUGGACAUAACCUUCAUAAAGCUGCAAUAUUAGAAACAGCAGAUUUCACUAUCUGACGAUCACAUGUCAUUGUGUAUUUAUAAUAACAGAGUACUCCUGUACAGACCGGUGUCCUGCAGAUUGCAUGGAAUAUGUUGCUUGAGUAAAGAUGUGUUUUAUAUGUGUGCAUCAGGUGCUCAAUUCAGCAGAAUAAUAUGUAAAUACACUGUUAAACUUCAGAAUGUUUGCUGCCCUAUAUAGACUAGAUCAGUGGUUCUCAAACUCGGUCCUCAGGACCUCACACGGUUCACGUUUUCCAUGUUACCUGGCAGGUGCACUGUGUAUCACCAACUGUCACAUUUUAAAAAUCUACAGGUGACCUGCAAAAUAUGGACCAUGUGAGGACCGAGUUUGAGAACCUGUGGACUAGAUAUAAUGAUGUCUCUUCAAGAGGUCAGUAUUGAACCUGGGUGUGGUUCAUCAAAUCGACAGUAUCUAGGUCGACAAUGUUUAGGUCGACCACUAUAGGUCGACAGUCACUAGGUCAACAUGGAUGGAAGGUCGACAGGUCUAUAGGUCGACAUGAGGAUUUAUUUAUUUUUUUGUGUCGUUUUCUUCGUAGAGUGACCGGGAUCCCAAAUUAGUGCACCGCGUCCCCUCGCAUGGUGCCUUCGCUUCGCUCGGCACACUUUACUGUUCCAAUCGUAGUCCUCGUGGAUCGUUAAGUAUGAAAAAAUUCAAAAAAAGAAAAAAAUGUGAAAAACUCAUGUCGACCUUUAGACCCGUCGACCUAGCACAUGUCGACCUAGAAACCCUGUCGACCUUCCAUCCAUGUCGACCUAGUGACUGUCGACCUAUAGUGGUCGACCUAAACAUUGUCGACCUAGAUACUGUCGAUCUUCAGACCGGAUCCCAUUGAACCUGCAUUGUCAGACUACUGUGUGCUAUAUAUUUCCUUGUCUCCUGUUCUUUAUAGCGUAAGGGGUAUCUCUCCCUUCCUCAUACUGUACAUGUACGUUCUUAUCUAUGGAAACUGUGUGACAACAAGAAUCUACAAACAUUUGUUUUACUUUUUAUUUAUGACAGAAAUGGAUUGGAUGUAUUAUAUUGUCCUGCAAAAAAAUCCAGCCCGUCACCUAAAAAUAAAAGGGUCGCGCGCUGAAAGCACGAAGGGCCUAAUUCAGAA